UUGGCGCACAGACAACACAACGACCCCUUUUGGCGCACAGACAACAAACGACCUCACAUUGAUUUACGAGAUAAAAUAAUCGAUCAUAAUAACUCUGUGUAUAGUCUGUAUACGAUCGCUUUCUAUUUUGUAUGAAUGAGCAACCAGGCCCUCUGGCUACAAUGUAACAACUUAAACCAGUCGAUGUAGCUACUGUAGAUACUAGGCCAAGCGGUGACCAAAUGACAACAACAACAUGUUAACGGUGCAGGAGAAUUCCCCUGCAGAGAAAGCUGGGCUGGAGCCUUUCUUUGACUUCAUCCUCUCUCUAGGAGACCACAGACUGAACCAGGAGAAUGACAUGCUGAAGGACCUUCUGAAGACUAACGUGGAGAAGGCCGUGAUCAUGGAGGUGUACAGCACUAAGACCAUGAGGCUGAGGGAGGUGGAGGUGGUGCCCAGUAACAUGUGGGGAGGACAGGGACUGCUGGGGGCGUCUGUCAGGUUCUGUAGCUACCAAGGAGCCAACGAGAACGUCUGGCAUGUGCUGGAUGUGGAUGUGAACUCACCAGCUGCGUUGGCCAGCCUUCAGGCCCACAGUGACUUCAUCGUUGGAGCAGACCAGGUGUUGCAGGAUUCGGAGGACUUCUUCUCGCUGAUCGAGACCCACGAGGGGAAACCUCUGAAACUGCUGAUCUACAACACAGAGACAAACGCCUGCAGAGAGGUGGUGGUCACACCCAACGGGGCCUGGGGAGGAGAGGGGAGUUUGGGUUGCGGUAUCGGAUACGGCUACUUGCACAGGAUCCCAUCCAUGUUUCCCUCUCUACCUGAAGAUGACUCCACACCAGCGAUCCCCGCCAAUGGAUACGAAGAGGUGUCUCUGAUGGUGGGUCAGUCCGGCCCACGCCGGGGACAGGGAACAGAGAUAACAGACCAGGAUAACAGACUGGAACAGAUCACUCUGCAGGAAGAGGACAGUCCUCUACCUCCACCCAUACAGGGUGUCAUGGAUCCAGGCUUCUCUGAGUCUGAGGUGGCUAUGAUGGCCCCUGACCCAUCAGAAGACAUGGCUGAUCGGCUGGACCUGUCCGUCUCGUCCAUCGACAUGACCGGCACCUCUCUGGCCGUACACGAGGAUGUGCAUGAGGAAAACCACAGCAACAACAUCUCCGGCAUCGAAGAGCUGGGUGACAGUGAGCUUCCUGAGACGCCACCAGAGAACUGGAUGGAGACUGAACCUCGGGAGUCCCUUAUCAUGCCCACCGACUCACAAGACCAAGCUUCCGAAUCCGCUGGAUCCCCUGACACAGUUGUGGAGGCUCCAUUCGCCCCUCUUGUUGAUGCUUCUCUCCCAGACCCAGACAUCACCUCCUGCCCUCCCCUGGACCUCCUACCCCAGGACCAGCUCCAGCCAGAGCCCCAGGCUGACCUCCUGCUUCAGCCCCAGGUAAGUGACAUCUUGGGGGACUCACUCACUCAGGAGGACGUCGCAUUGGAUGGAACACCACCAGAGCCAAUGGUAGAGCCUGACGUCAUCAGCUCACUGGAGCAACUCUCUGUGGAGCAGUCUGAAACCGCCGCAGCGAAACACCACCGUGACGACCACGAGUGUUGCCAUGACCACCACCACGAGCAUGAGGUCAGCAACCAGGAAGUGGAGGAAGAGUAGGUUUGUGUGUUUCUUGCCGGGUCUGGUCACUGCCUGAAGAAACACUCGCAGAGAUACUGAGCAGUCAAACAUGGGGCAUUUCCAGAACGCUGGUUAAAAGACCUGGGGUGAUGUAUUGAGAUGAGACACUAAUAGAACCAGAUAGAAAUGUCAUGAAUUUAACUGACACGGUUCCCCAAUUUUAUAUGAUGACGAUGGAUGUCUGUUCUAUACUAUACAUUUCUAUCUGAACAGGCCUCUGUUAUGAGUGAUGGCGAGCGUACAGUCUACAGUUGGUAAGUUUUUUUUUUUUUUUUUUUUUUUUUUGAACGACUGGUUGGAUGGUUCGAAGGGUCACGAGACAGAUCAUGAUAGAAAUAAUCAGACAUACAUAAUAGCUCACUUGUAUUUUUGGGUGUAGUAUCCUGUUACAAGUUCAGCUUAAUGCUCCGAUUAGCCAUAAGGGUUCCAAUGUAAUGUUAUGAACAUUUUGUAGUUUGUUUUAGUGUAAAAAAAAACAAAAAAACAUUUUUUUUAAAUUAUUGUUUUGGAUUUCCUAAAAAAAAAAAAAAAAAAGUGAUGGAAUGCCCGUGUAAUAGAUCCAAAGAUAAUUACACACACAGAUAAAUACAUUGUUUAACUACGUUAUAGAAUUCACUACGACAAACCGGUGAUGUAUAAACUUAAAGCAUAGUUGCACCUUUUUUAAUAUUUUAUUUGUGACAACACAACUUUUUUUUUAGUCCUGUAAUUCCACUAUUCCUGUUGAAAUACACUACUUGACAAAUACGAGUGGACCUCAUAGACCUGGGUCUAAUACAUUCAAAUACUUGAGCUGCGCUUGAUUUAGUUUGCCAGUAGACUUGCAUGGCCCUCCUUCCAAAUCCCGUCUCGUUGACUCGAACGUGAGAAGCCUGGGCUUCCGAGGUUAGUUUGCCAGGCACAAUGGAGUAGUCACAAAAGUGCAAACUUCAAGCUAAAUUAAGCGCAUCUCAAAUGUAUAUUUUUACAUACGUACUUGACCCAGGUUCAGUACCUCGUGACAUCUAUAUAAUCAAAUCGGGUACAGCUUCUUUUUUUGCUCUUUAAAAAAAAAAAAAGCCUAUCAUUUGGAAGGGUUCAAGGUGAACCUUGUAAAGGCCGUCAUUGUAAAUAAGAAUUUGUUCUUAACUGACUUGCCUAGUUAAAUAAAGGUUAAAAAAUAUCCUUCGCACUUCAGCAAACAAAGGAGCAGCAAUGAUUUAAAAAAUCAUGUGAAGAACUUACCAAGACAAACUUCCAAACGGACUAGAAAGGAGGUGGAGCACUCCACACAAAAAUGCUGACUUUUAUUUUAGCUCACUUUAAUCCAUUGUACAGGAUGAGAACAGGUGACGUCUUCCUUGGUUACUGUUAUAGGAAUCCAUGUUAAAUUAAGUUAAAAAUAUUUGGAAAAAGUCAUUGUUUUUAAAGCAUCAAAUAUAGCCAUUUUUGUUAGUUUUGUGUUUACAAAAGAGAGACAUUUUUGAAUGUGGGAUCAGGUUGUAGUUUUUAGUUCUUAAACUCAAGAAAGUUGAAUCUUUACUUAAGAGGGAGAGGUAGACCUGUUUUCAAUAAGUUACAGUGCAUUUAUUUGUUGGCCGAUAUAAUUGUAUGGAUUUCUGUAGCGUAAGGGUCAGAUUCAAUCCGAUCGCGUUUUGUCGGCUAUGUACCAUUUAUAAAGUCAAUGUUCCUGUGUUCGCAGAGACCGCAUUCACCAACGAUGCAUAUGUUGGCUCAAUAGUAAAUUACCUUUUGAAUGUCAAGCGUGCUAAAUCUCAAAUCUACCGAAUGAUCGGAUUGAAUCCCAGCCUUUGAUGCGGUGCAUUUUAUUUUUACACAGUGUCAUUUUAUGGAUUUCUGUACACCCUAGGUGAAAGGUCAUUAUUUUGUAAACAUACAGUAGGGAAAGUCUCUCUCAUUCCUCCAUGUUACCUCUUAUCUGUGUCGUCAUUUUUGUGAUCUAUGCAAUUGUCAGCCAUGUUUGUAGUUUUUGUGACUUUCUUUUGCUGUAGGCAACAUACUGUAGCCAUCAUGGAAGUCAUCUGUAAGCUGGAACCACAGACAAUACAGUAUCAGGGCUGGGGUCAAUUCCAUUUAAAUUAGUCAGUUCAGGAAGUACACUGAAAUAUCCAAUUCUCUUCAAUGCUUUCUGAAUUGACUGGACUUGAUAUUGAAUUGACCCCUAACCCUGUGCUGUAGCUUCUGAUUAAAUAGUGACACUACUGUUGUUAGUUUAAUAUAAAUGCUUUUCUGUAAGGGAAGGAUUCUUUUUGGUCUUCUUUUUUGAUUUAGGUUAGGUACUUAGUUGCGAGAAAUGAGGGGAGGGGAAAGUAUUUUAUCAAUGAAUGGAGAGUUUUUAUUGUUACGAAUGAGUGCAAAUGAAAUUCUGAUUGUGAAAAUGUAUGAAUAUUCUCUGUAAAGCUUCUGAUGCAAAAAUGUAAUCACUACUAGUCACUGGAACAAAAAAAAUAAAAUGGUCACAAUUUA